GUAUGAUCAGACUCAGAGUCUUUGCAGAAUCUAUGGGCGGCGCCAUGGCGAUCAGGGGCGCCACAAGAUCGUGGGAACAGUCAGGAGCUAGGUAGCUCAACCGCAACGGGUGCCAGGAGCAUCAGAAGCAAAGCCGAUCCUCUUUCCUCGAAAGGGUCCGUUUUCAGCCUCACCGCGGUUGUGCAGAGUUUCUGCUGCAGUCAGAAACCUGAUGCCAGUGAGGGCGACAAUACGAAGGAGGCGGCUUCUUUUGAGCCUAGAGCUGCAUGGAUGAGAUGUCAGUCACAUCCGGGUGACCUGUUGCUGGAUUUAGACUGGGUUUGGACUGAGCCUGAAGCGCUCUGCUAGGUUUCGGUGCACGCAGGAUGUAACCAAGAGAAAAUGCCGUUUGCAUCACGAUGAUGGGGAAGAGGAAAGCACCCUCCAGUUCCUCAACUCCACCUGGCCAAAAAGCAAAGGGCCCCCGGCAGGACUCAGGUGCGGCGGAUGGCUCAUUGCCUGAGCGGCGGUCAUUUGUGCACGGAUCUGCUUUCCUCAUCGUGUGCUUCGCCUGCUUUCUCCUUGGGUUUCGCCUUUCCUGGGAGGGCAAGGCUGCAUUCCUGGGUGCUUACCGGAUUGGUCCUGAAUCCGGCAAGCUGGUGUUGAGGGACACCGGGACGAGCUUGGAUUACGCUGACAGCGAGUCAGGAGGCGGCGCAGCGCAGGGGGGGCUGGAUUUGCGGCCAGGGGCGUGGGAGAGCGGACAGGGUGACAAGUACGGGGCUGGAGUCGCUGAUGGGGAGUGGGAGAGGAUCGAGACGAGGAUCUUAGCAUCAGCAGGGGGGGUGGUGAAUGCUUCAGAGAGCAAUCGCAGCAGAAGACUGCUGCCACGGCCUCCUCCCUCGCCCCCGGAGCACCCAUGGGUUGGUCGGCACAACAUUUCCGUCCGACCGUGGCCGCACCCAGACGCGGGGGAAACGCUGCUGGCGCAUGCAUUAAUUGCAGCAGUACAGCGCGAGCAGCAAAACCAGUUCGGCGUCCCCCUUGAUCGUCGAAAACGCAUGAUUGUCGUCACGCCGACCUACCGCCGCGCCUUUCAGCAAAUCCACUUGAGCCACCUUACGGACACCCUGCGCCUCGCCCCGGAACCCCUCUCCUGGCUGGUGGUCGAGGCCGGCGGCCCCACCGAAGAAACGCAGGCCAUUCUGAGCAAGACGGGACUGGCAGACAUCCACCUGCUUCCCGUACCCGGGGUAACCAUGCCCGACGUGCGAGCGCCGGAACGGCCGAUCGUCGAGGACUACCUGCGUGAUGUCGCGCUGGGGUACAUCCAGAAACAAGCAAUGGAGGGCGUCGUCGUCUUUGCGGACGACAGCGCGACGCUGCGCCUGGCGCUCUUCCAGGAGCUGCAGAAGGUGCGCUGGUUUGCUGCGUUCUCGGUGGGGAUGCUCGUGCAGGGGGGGGGCAGCCAGGUGGAUCUCCCGGUGCAGGGCCCCGUGUGCGGCCCCGAGGGGGACGUGCGGGGGUGGCAUGCAGCUGACCACGAACUGCUGCGGUUGAAGAAGCCGGCUGUGGUCCCAAAAAGAGCGCUGCUUGGCGCCGCGGAGAAGAGACUGCCGGGAGGGGAGGGAGCACAGCGGCGGUUGCUAGCGCUUGAGGUUCCAGAAAGAACCGAGGGGUUUGGGGCCGGAAGCGAUUCAAUCAGCCAGUUGGGGGCGGGGACUGUCGUACGGCAGCUGCAGCAAGUGGAGCAGUCCGAGUACUUUGAGCCCGAGCUGUUCAUUCCGAAACUAGAGUGGGUGGGGUUUGCCUUCAAUGCGCGCCUGCUGUGGGCCCCAGCAGAGCGGCCCGCCUGGUUGCGGGAGUGGAAACCGUCGACGACACUAGGGAAGGUGGACGCUGUCGUCGGGGAUUACGAGGGCGACGAGGACCCUACCGAUUUAUUGGCCAGGAUGGUUGAGGACGAGUCGCAGGUCGAGACGCUGGGGCGGUGCGGAAAGGACGUGCUUGCGUGGUGGCUCAAAGUUGAGGCUGCUGAGGAAGGGCAGUAUCCGGCCGGGUGGCGCCUGGCGGAGAAUCUGCCGGUGGUGGCGGAGCCGCAGGAGUGGAGCGAGGAGCAGUGGGCGGAGUACGAGGCGCGGCUGGUGGAGGAGAAGAAGAAGAAGAAGAAGAAAAAGUCCAAGAAGAAAAAGAAAGCCCCAGAAGCCACGAAAGUUGAAGAGGAUGCGGCGGCCAGGCAAGCAGCGGAGCAGGCUGCUGCAGACGAAGCACGGCGGGUGGAGGAGGAGAAGCAGAGGGAACUGGAGGCGGCACGACAAGCAGAGGAGGAGCGACAGACCAGAUUAGCAGAGGCACAAAAGGCUGAGGUAGAAGAUAAUCUAGAUAGCGUGCAAAAAGCUAAAGCUGAGGUCAGGACAGACCCCGAGAAAGAAGGGGAGAAAGCAGAAAGUAAGCUGGAAAGCUCAGCAUUGGCCGAAAAAGAGGCGCUAACAAACAAUGCGAAGGAGGUCCUAAAUAAGUUGGUUGAGGGGGCAGAUGGUGGUGUCGCUGAUGAUACCCAAGCGAGGGAAAAGCAAACAUCAUAACGGUGAGCGACGAAGUUGUGGUUGGGCUCUUUGUUUGGCAGCUAAUGCUUCCUACAGCAGGAUGGUGAGUAUCCUUGUUGAAUGAAAAGAUGCUACGAAUCUAAUUUAAGCCGAAGCAAAGUAUUGUGAUGAUACGAUGCUUCUUGGAGGAUCUACGUUUGGCCCGGG